AGCAAGACUUAUCACAAUCUUAUGAGGCUAGUUCUGAGAGCAUAAAAUCAGCAUCUUGCAUCUUAUCAAAGCAACCGCAAGUUAAUGCAUCCAAAUUAGCAUGUAAUCUUGAAAACUGUGAAGAUUCUUCACAAUUGGAGUCAUGUGAUAUGGUGGAACUUAAACCCGAUCAGCAUGAUGAAGUAAUUGCCAAAUUGGAUAAAAAUAUAAUUGUGAAACAGGAGUUAAAGCAACAGUUAUCAUCACCUGCGCACACUCUUUCAUCAGAUCAAAUUUAG